AUGCAAGAUACCGAGAAUACAAAUGAAUGGGUUAAUUGGAUUGAGGAAGUUGUUGAUAAAGAAUAUUUUAAAUUUUAUGAAUACAAACAAUUUAAUAAUAUUCAAUAUAUUGGUACCGGAGGUUUUGGAAAAGUAUAUCGUGCAAAUUAUAAAAAUUCAGGAAAACUAUUUGCGUUAAAAUCUUUUUUAAAUCUUAAUAACAUCACAGUGAAAGAGAUUGUUCGUGAGUUAAAAAUUCAACGUGAAGUUGAUUUUCAUGAUAAAAUUAUUCGUUGCUACAGAAUGACAAAACUUGAGUCAGAAGAUUAUAAUAAUUAUUGGGUAGUAAUGGAAUACGCCGAUGGUGGUAGUCUUCGAAACUAUUUAAAGAAAAACUUUAAAAAGCUUACUUGGGACGACAAAUAUAGUAUGGCAUACCAGUUAUCUUGUGCCAUAUUAUGUUUACAUAACGAAGGAAUAGUGCAUCUCUGUAAUAACACAAUCAAGUUAGCAGAUUUUGGAUUACCAAAAAGAAUUGGAGCAUCCAAUUUUCAAUCUAAAUUAUUUGGGAUGGUCCCUUAUGUCGACCCAAAAAGCUUUAGUGGACAAAGUAAUAAUAAUAACCAAUCCACACAAUUGUACUUAUUAAAUGAAAAUAGUGAUAUUUACAGUGUUGGAGUAUUAUUAUGGGAGAUAUCUAGCGGACAACCUCCUUUUUAUGUUGAAGGUGAACAAUAUGAAAUUGGCUUAGCUUUAGAAAUUUCACAAGGUCUUAGAGAAACUGUUGUUCCUAAUACUCCUGAAGAAUAUGUAAAAAUAUAUACUAAAUGUUGGGAUGGAGAACCAGAUAAUCGUCCAAAAAUAUAUCAAGUUGUUGAUUGGCUAAAUGCAAUAAUUACAAAAUCAGAUGUAAUCAUAGAAAACCAACAAAUUUCAAAUGAACGAGAACUUAAUGAGGCUUCUAUAAGUAAUAAUGAUUCAGUAUUACAAGUAGAAUUAUCUCAACUUAUUCAAAAUUUUGAUAAAAUAAAUAUAAAAGAAAUUGAUCCUAUGAUAAUAUUAAGUAAACAAAAAAAUUUUCUAAUUGAAGAUUUUAACAUUAUAAUUGAUGUAAUAAAUGAUUUUAUUAUUAAAUUAAAUAAUAAAGGGCUAGAAUGGAAAGCAGAAAAGCAGAAAACUAUUGAAUAUUUUAAUAAUCAUAAUUUAGAUUCACAAGAAAUUUAUAAUUGGUUGUUAGACAAUCAAAAUAGUUUAAAUCCUAUUUUUAUUCUUGGAUAUUUUAAUUAUUAUGGAAUUGUAACAAGUGAAGAUAAUGAGAAAGCAUUUAAUUUGUUCAUUAAUGCGUCAGAAAAAAAUCAUAUAUUAGCACAAUACUUUGUUGGUGAAUGUUAUUUUUAUGGAAAUGGGACUAUAAAAAAUGAAAAAUUAGCUUACAAAUACUAUAAGAAAGUAGCUAAUAAAAAUUUAUCAAGUGGACAAUUAAAUAUUGGUUGUUGUUAUGAUUAUGGAAUGGGUAUUAAAAAAGAUUUAAAAGAGGCAUUUUAUUGGUAUGAAAAAGCUGCAAAUAAUGGAAAUAUAACGGCAAUGUACAAUCUCGGCCUUAAUUAUAAAGACGAAAAAGGCGUUAAAAAAGAUUAUGAUAAAGCUUUUGAGUUAUUUAAACAAUCAGCUAAAGGAGGGUAUUUGGGUGGAAUAAUGAUGUUAGGAUAUUGUUAUAAUAAGGGUAUUGGAACUAAAAUUGAUAAGCAAAAAGCAUUUGAAUUUUAUCAAAAUGCUGCAAAUUUAGGACAUAAUGGUGCACAAAAUAAUCUUGCUAUAAUGUUUCAAUUAGGAGAUGGGAUUGCAAAAGAUAUAGAUAAAGCGAUUUAUUGGUAUAAAAAGUCUGCUGAACAAGGAUAUGAAUUAGCAAACAAUAAUUUAAUAAAGCUUCAGAAUAGUUUAUUUUAA